AUGGAUAAUGAUACUACAGUGUUUUUUCUCUUGGAAUUUUCAAAUACACGGGAACUACAGCUUCUGUAUGCAAUGAUACUUUUGUUCAUAUAUUUAAUUACAUUAGCAGAAAACUUUCUAAUUAUUUCUGCAGUUAUUUUGGACUCCCAUCUUCACAUCCCCAUGUACUUCUUCCUGAAAAAUUUAGCCUUUCAGGGCAUUGGUUCUGUUUCAGUCAUUGUCCCCAAAGCUGUUUUCAAUUCAAUUAUGAACAUAAAUAAUAUUUCUUAUACUGAAUGUAUAAUACAAGUGUUUUUGUUUGUAUUUUUCGUAGACUCUGAUAUUUCUCUUCUUACUAUCAUGGCAUAUGAUCGGUAUGUUGCCAUUUGCAAUCCUUUACAAUAUGAGAUGAUAAUGAAUAGGAAGGUUUGUACCAAAAUAGUUUGUAGCGUGUGGAUUGUCAACUUUCUCAAUGCUGUAUUAAACACAAUGGGAACUUUCAUUACUCCUUUUUGCUCCAAUAUUAUCAAUCAAUUUUACUGUGAAAUCCCACCUUUACUUAAACUUGCCUGCUCAGAUGUAUAUGUAAUUGAAACUGGAAUUGUAGUAUUUAUUUUUACAAUAACAUUUGGUUGUUUUGCCUUUAUCAUUUUUACUUACAUACAGAUCUUUACUGCUGUUUCAAAAAUCCCUUCUGCUCAAGGAAGGAAAAAGGCCUUCUCCACUUGCUUCCCUCACCUUACAGUUUUUUCUUUAUUUUUAUUUACAGCCUCACUUGCUUACCUGAAGCCUCAGUCUGACAAACCAUCAAACUUUGAUAUCAUUGUUACAAUAAUGUACUGCAUUAUUCCACCUCUGUUGAAUCCAGUAAUCUAUAGCAUGAGAAACAAGGAUAUUAAGGUUGCUCUAUCAAGAAUUCUUGGUGAAAAGAUGCUUAAGGUGUAA